AUGUCUGCAAGUCUAGAUUCAAGUGCCGUCUGGCUCAUCACCGGCUGUUCCUCCGGCCUAGGCAAAUCCAUCGCCCAAGCAGUCUACAACUUGGGUCACAACGUCGUCGCAACCGCCCGCAACACGGCGGCUCUCUCUUACCUCCCCGACGACUCUUCGCGAGUCCUCAAACUCAAAGUUGAUGUCACUUCCAAAGACUCUAUCAUCAACGCCGUCAACGCCACUGUUGAGAAGUAUGGUCGUCUAGACGUUGCCAUCAACAAUGCUGGGUAUGCUCUCAUGGGAGACUCAGAGGGUAUACCGGAAGAAGAUGCACGAGUGGAAGUUGAGACUCUGUUCUGGGGUCCUGUAUUUCUGAUGCAGGAAGCAGUGCGAGUGUUUCGAGAGGUCAAUAACCCUCGAUACAAUAUUGGCGGCACUAUUGUUAAUAUUACUUCGAUGGGGGGAACGAUUACGGUUGGUGGUAACUCUUUUUACCACGCUGGCAAAUUCGCCCUGGAAGGCUUCACAAAAGCCAUGGCACAGGAAAUGAAGCCAGAAUGGAAUAUCCGGUUCCUCCUCGUCGCUCCCGGCGGUGUCCGCACAAACUUUGCUGGUAGUGAAACUGCUAGCCUCAAAGUCGCACCUCGGCAUCCGGCUUACAACACUGGUUCUGACCCCCUGAGCCAGAUAUUGGGAUAUAUCACUAGGCCGGAAGCAGUGGAGACGUGGAGUGAUGCUGACCGCAUUGCCGGGUUACUUGUUGAUACGCUUGUUGACGCUGGUAGCAAAGAAUUACCCAGGAAGCUGUUGAUGGGCAGUGACGCGGUGCAAUAUGUGAAAUUGGAGGUGGAGAGGCAAUUAAAGGAGAUUGGGGAUUGGAAAGAGGAGAGUGAAAGCGUUACGACGAACGGUGGUGCGAAUAUGGAUUUUACGGGAAGUGUCUAA